GGGAGCUGAAGCACUAGCACAGGUUGCCCAGAGAAGUCAUGGAUGCCCCAGCCCUGGAGGAGUUCAAGGCCAGGCGGGAUGCGGCUUUGCGCGACGCGAUCCAUAGCGGUUUCCCUCCCAAUGAAUCAGGGAGAUGCUCUGAGGCAGCGGCCGCCGCGCGGGGUCACGGGAAAUGGAGUCGCCCCCGCCUACGCCUACGUGCGCACCCCGAAGGCGCAGAACCACAGUUCCCGGCGUUCCCCGCGGCGCCCCCGCCCGCUCUCUCAACCCCCGCCCUCCCGCGAAAGCCCAUGGGAGCUGCAGUCCGAGCCCAGGGGCGCCGCCUGCUGGCCGUGUGCACCGCGCUCCGGCCCCGCUGCCCGGCUCCCUCCGCGGGAGGCGGCGCCCGCGCUGUUUGCGAACGCGGCGAGUCCCGCUCGGAUGAAGAUGCGAGUAAGAAGCCAUCCUCCCUAGACCGGGCAAGCAAGAAAUGGCAGCAGCUGCUGACAGACCUGGAGGGACUGUUCCGGCACAUGGAAGUAAUGUUCAGUUUGACACGGGUUCCUCGGGUUCUAUUUCUACUUGGAGGCACUGUUAUGAGCCCCAGGGAGUUCUAUGAGCUCAACUUGGAGAGUAUCUGUGAGGGCAGUGCUGAGGACAGCCUGGAACCUGCUUCCUGCGUUCGCAAGCUUUUUCACUCUCUCUUUGUUGCGGAUGUCUUCAGUGAACUUGAGGACCUGCCUGUCAUGGGCACUGUUGUCAUGCUCCAGGGGCACCGCAGUUGUGGUGAUGACUGGUUCCGGCCUAAGCUCAACUAUCAAGUGCCGACGCGAGGGAGGAAACUGACCGUGAACUUGUCCUGUGAUGGAGGCAUCGACAUAAGCGCCUCACCUUAUCAGCCUCUGGCUUCUACUUCUACUUGGGAGGACUAUGUCUGGUUUCAAGCACCGGUGACCCUCAAAGGCUUUCAAGAAUGACCUGUGCUCUGUGGAACUCUAGUGGAAUAUUGAAUGAGCUUUGGGGAUGCUUUAAGGGACACUGACUUUAUCAAAUGUAACCGCAUAUUCUUGUCUGUUUGGGUCUCUUCUUCAGGGCAUCUGCUGUCUUCCUACAGCUCGACCCUGUUCCUCUGCCUUCACCUCUGGAAUUGUUGUUGAAAGCAAAUACCUGUUAAGGUAGCCACACCUUCACCACCCCCACCCCCCGAGUGAUUCUAUAGGGACCUGAGUUGUAGCACGGGAGGUGAAUUGCUGUGUGGGGAGUAAAAGUUUCCUGUUGUGUGCUUACUGAAUUGGCAAAUACUGGAGACAGUCUUCUCUCUCCCGGCUGUUUCUCUGGUAACAAAUACUAUGUUAGCUGAUUUGUUUGGGGCUCUAGAUAGUGUGUUUGAAUACACUUGGCCUUUGCCAUCAAGGCCAUCACUGUUCUUUGUCUCUCCUGCUUCUGUAAAAGGAGAACUUUCCCUGCAGGCUGAUCAGGCCUGAGUACUUAAUAAUCCAAAGAGUGGGACUGGGAGGUCUCAUACCUAGCACCGCGUUGUACUGGUGAUGAGAAGAGGUGGAGCAGCCCUGUGGAGGCAGGGAAUUGCAUCUUCCUGGUUUUUUUCCUAACCUUUAGUCCAAGAGCCCUGACAAUCAGUUAGAUACACAGUUACAAUUGAAAGUAAGCAGUUCCUGCUCUAACCCUCUUCAGAGGAAGCUGGGACACCUGCCUCAAUAUCCCAGUUUAUGUUUCCUUAAAACAACAACAACAACAAAGUCGAUUUGUUUACUUUCACGUCUUAGAAGUCUUAGACUCUAAAUGUUUCUGACAGGUGAGGAAGAGGGGAGUGUGAUCAAAUUCAGCAUUGGCUUUACCUGUCAGAUUACCCUUCUGAGUCCAAAUGUAUUCCCUGGAAGCAGAACACGAGCCUUUCCUUCUGGCCUGGUGUCUGACACAAAGUGGAGGAGGAGGGAGUAGAGCACGGUGUGUCAGGACUAGACAGUUGCUGGAGGCCUCUUCAGUCAGCUGGGUACGCCUGUAGCCUAAGGAGCUUAAUGGCUCCUAUAACUGUCCCGUUUAAAGAGAACCUGGAGCCUACUGGUAGCGAGGUUGCUUGGAGUUUCUUGCUAGCAAGAACUGCAGGGUGGGGUGGUGAAAGUCCUUUGAAAGGAGAGUAAAGGUUGAAGUAACCCUCUAUGCUUGGUGCCUACUUUUACUCUGGCCUUUUGGAACUAAACGGGACUAUAGAACUAGGAGGAAAGGUAGUUGAUAUUUUUGAGCUUGGAGAACACUGGGAGUGCUGUCUCUGCCUUCUUAUGCGUUAGCAGCUGUUUACGACGUGUAGUAACUGCUAAAGCUGGCUCUGGAGGAGAAACUGCUAGAAUGCAGAAGGCUGCUGUGUGUGCAGCUGCCCACUUGACUGUGUACUUGCAGGUCUCAUAAAUGAAAUGUGACCUGAAUGUAGCGUGUGUGCAGGAGAUGAAAACCCUUCCCAAUUCCACCCAAGCUGUUUGUAAUGCAUAUUUCCGGAUGCUAACGCUCGAGCAUUUAAAGAAGGCUUUGAGCAGAAGCCUUGGCUCUGAGGAACAAGGGGCCAGUUCCUUUCUCCUCACUUCCCCAACCAAAUACAAUGUUACUGUGGUGAACUGUUGACAUAUUCUGUUCUAGUUGAACAAUGAAUGCAGCAAUGACGUGGUGCCGGGAAUGAAAGAAGACAAGAUGCUUUUUGUUGUUGUGAUGAAGCAUUUUUGAGGUUAACAAGUUAAGUGCUAUAAGUUAUCCAAAUAAAAUAUUGGC